CGUUCAGUGUGUGUUAUGUCUGGAUUGUUGGGGAGGAUUUUGUGCUGUCCUUGCUGACUAGACUUUCACGAGUUGUCGUUUUCUCGCCUUUACCUUGACAAUGGCCGAAGGUGGACAACCUCCGGACACCGAGUUACACUUACUGGAAUGUCCGAUCUGUCUGGAGCGACUUCAGAAACCCAAGUCCUUACCCUGUCUCCACUGCUUCUGUCAGGAUUGUCUCGAGACCUACAUCACCAAGGAGUUAUCUGGGAAGAUGGCAUCGUCAACAUCCUUCCCUUGUCCUGUUUGUAGGAGGACGACCACGCCUGUAUAUCCAGCGGAAUCUAAGGACAAAUGGGCGGAACAGUUCCCGACUAGUGGUGUGAUACAGGACCUUAUCCAGCUUAAGGAACGAUCAUCAGCACCCCUGUACUGCAAACCCUGUCAGAAGAAAGGUAACCCAACCAAUCCAGCCAAAUUCUGGUGCAAAGAUAUGAAUAUGAUUUUUUGCGAGACAUGUAAGGUACAACAUCAUGACAUUAUGCAUGAUGAUUGUGGUAUCUUAGAUAUUACCGGAUAUGGUGGACCACGGCCAAAUCAGGAAAAGUCGGUACCUCGAUGUGACCAACAUGACGAGAAAAAGGUUUGGUAUUGUGAGGACCAUCAACUUCUCGGGUGUAACAUAUGUGUUUUGAAGGAUCACAGGGGAUGUAAAGAGGUGAAAACGGCGAUGGAGUAUAUUCAGAAGUUGACAGAAGGAUCCCAACUAGAAGAAAUGAAGGCGGCGCUGAAGAAAGCAACAGAGGCCAUGAAAUUAUUAGUUAAAGAUUUUGACGAACAACUCCAGAUUUUGGUACAGAACCAAGAAAUCGCACUUCAGAGUAUCACAGAUCUACGUCAAGAUGUCGAUAAACGUUUAAACCUCCUUCAGAAGAACGCCACAGACAAGUUGAUCGCGUCGUUCAAAGAAGAGAAGAGGAACAUGGAUGCCUCGUUACGUCAGUGUGAACGUCUGAUGAAUAGUAUGCUGAAUACCAUCAAGUCGUCCGUUACCGCCGUACAUGAAAAUGACAACAUCGAGACGAUAGUGUUAUAUCAGAGAGGACAGGCAGAGGUGGAGUCAUGUAAGGCACUGAUCACGGAGAUGAGCAAGUCCUACACGUCAGUCAGCAUUAAACAUCAGGUUACUAGUGACGUCGACAACCUUGGUGACGACGUGAUGGGGAAGAUCGUCUUCGAGAAAGAACCACGACCCAUUCCUAGUGGUAUAGCACUUCCCUUGUCAGAACGACGUGUGAUGGAAAUCGGAAAGUACAAAAUAAAGACUCUGUCAGAUACAAAUAAUUGCUAUGUCUGUGGUGUUGUGUACCUUCCGUGUGAUCAAAUAGUGGUAAGUGAUGAGAACAACAGGAAGCUGAAGCUGUUUACAGACAAAGGACUGUGCCUGGACGAGUUGACCAUUCGACGUCGUCCCCUGGAUCUGUGUCUGGUGAACGACAAUACCGUGGCGGUCGCUGUCUGCAGUCCUAAUGGUGUCUGUGUCGUGAAAGUCGAGGCAUCUAAACUCUCCCUGUCGUCUGAGAUCAACAUAUCAGGCAUCGGUAAUUGCUAUGGUAUCACACAUACAGACGGGAGGUUUGUCGUGAGUACAUAUGGAGGAGGAGUAUACAGCGUAACACAGGACGGCGUGACUGACUUGUUACAUCACUAUAACAAGAUCUGCUGGUCCCUCACACAUGACCCAGUACAGGGACACACACUCGUCAGUGUCUAUAACGACACCAGGGGAGGCGUCGCAGUGUCCAGACUGUCGGCUGACAAACGUCACACGGAUGUGUUGAAGGUUGAUGUCGUGAGACGUGCUUCGGGAAUAGAUAUGGACAGGGAGGGAAACAUCUACGUGUGUGGUAAUGUGUCACACAACGUCAUACAGAUGUCUUGGGACGGGACACACGUCAGGGAACUGCUGACGUCAUCAGAUGGAAUGAGGACUCCAUGGGCAAUAGCUGUUCGUGGUGACAGAUUUGUGGUCACUAAUAAUAGUGGUACAGAUGAGAGGAAUUAUAUCCGUGUUUAUCAGCUCUACUAGAUUAUAUAAUAAACAACACGUGUAGAUGUGUGUUUAUUGUAACAGCAGAAGUAAACACAAACUGUGAUCAAUAUACCAGAAACACACACGAGCUUAAUGACUUCAACCAAUAUGUGUAGCGUAUAUUACAAAUAUCGUUAUAUAGAAUUAAUAAAU